AUGUCUGAGAAAGUUGUUCAAACUGCAAAUGUGGACGCUGCCGUCAAUAUUCCAUUUGUGGUUGAUUCAGACAAUGAUGGAAUAAUCCCCCACGAACUAGAGAAAAUGAGGAGCAUAUUGGAAGAGUCGAUGCUGGAAACGCGCAGCAUGCCUCUCGAAAAUCGACCGCGACUUCCCCGCAUACCCCUUAGCAAGCGAAAUCGGGCUGUCGUGCGGGCUCUUAACCCAAUGCUGGUGACCUAUUUGGAAGCCAGCCGGGACCUUUGCGAGACGGACUCAAUUCUGUUUGGCGCCGCACUGGCAGUAUGCCGUAUUAUUGGCGCCAAACUUCCCAUGGCUGGACGUGCUACUCAACAAGGUAGCGCCAUCCCAGCCUGGAGAAAAAGAAUCGAGGACCGUAUCGCAAAGGCAAGGGCCCUUAUCGGCAGACUGACAAGCUUCAGGUCGGGUAAUAAUGGACCGAGAGUUGUGCGCACCGUUAGAAUGGCGUAUUCUGGGACAAAUAUUAGUUUGCCCCAGCCGGAUAUCACGCAGAAACUAACGGAGCGCAUAGAUGACCUGAAGCAAAAAAUCGCUGCUUGGGGGAAGCGGAUUCGACGAUUUAGCGAGAGGUCAAGGCGGUUCAACCAAAAUCGUCUCUUCCAGAGUGAUCAGAAGAGGCUCUAUAAAUCAUUGGAGCGACCAGAGGUAUGUGGAGCGGGCCCAGGACCGGAUCAGGCUGACACUGUCGCAUUUUGGCGUGGCCUGUGGUCAGAGCCCGUAAACCACAGCGAGGGCCCUUGGAUGGAAGUUGUGGCGAGCCAGAGUGAAAGUGUUACGCCUAUGGACCCCGUCACCAUAACGCCUGAAGACGUGGCUGAGGCGGUCCGUAGGGCCCCGAACUGGAAAAGUCCGGGGCUCGACGGGCUGCAUCAUUACUGGCUGAAGAGGUUCGUAGUGUGUCACGCUGUGCUCGCCCGACAGUAUCAAGAGGCUCUCGAUCAGAAGUCGCUCCCGAGCCUCUUCACUACUGGGAUCACUCACUUGGUUCCUAAAGAAAAAGAACAGGAAGUAAACACUCCGUCUAAGCGUGAUCAACUUGCUCAAUAG